AUGGCCGCAGAAGAUCCAGCACUCUCAAAGCCCCAGGCGGAAGCCAGUCGCAAAUCCCUCCUCUCUGCAUCUGCAGAGGGUGCGAAGUUCUUGAUACUUUUACAGCUCUCCUCUCGCCUUUUGACCUUCGUCGUCAACCAGGUUCUGCUCCGUUUCCUUUCUCCAGAGCUUCUAGGGAUCAGUGUGCAGCUCGAGCUACUCAUGAUCAGUGUUUUAUACUUUUCUCGAGAGUCUUUACGAACUGCGUUGCAACGACAUGGAGCUGAGACUACGUCAGAGAAGAAGAGCGGGAAGGAUACAAAGGUUGGUGGCUUACUAGAAGAGGGAUCACCGGCUGCGCAAUCACAGACGCUGGUCAACCUUUCUUUGCUUACCAUACCAAUGGGAAUUAUGUUUGCGGGGGCGUUGGCCCUAUUCUACUCGCGGGGUUCUGCUUCAACGGAGACGGCGCAGCAGCCGUUCUUUAGCGAGUCGAUCGCUAUAUACGUUUUAGCAACAUUGGUAGAGCUCCUUUCAGAGCCAUGCUUUGCACUCGCACAGCAAAAGCUACUAUAUAAACUCCGCGCUGGAGCCGAGUCUUCAGCUGCUUUUACUAGAUGUUUGUUGACCUGUGGAUUGACCGUCUACGCAGCCCGUGUUGCAAAGGUUGAAGGCGGGCUUGGUCCUCUACCUUUUGCAUUGGGACAGCUUGGAUACGCAGUUGUACUAUUGGGUGCCUAUUGGCAUCGUGUGUUACAGCUCUCUGCUACCGAAGGUUUUAGUAUGGGAUUGAAAAGGAUUGAGUCCUCCCCCGAUGUCAAUUACCACCUAUCUCUCUUCCACGCGCCCCUUUCUCGCCUCGCAACAUCAAUGUGGCUCCAAUCUGCGUUGAAACACAUCUUAACCCACUUUGAUACUGUCCUCCUCUCCGCCCUUUCCUCGGCACACUCACAGGGUACCUACGCCCUGGCAUCCAACUAUGGAUCUCUCAUCGCCCGCAUGCUCUUCCAGCCGAUAGAAGAGGCCUCUCGUAACCUCUUUGCGAAGCUUCUUUCUACAUCUUCCCCUGAUGGAAAGCCUUCAGCAGAAAGCGUAACAUCUGGAGCCAAUAUCCUAGCCAUUAUCAUGAAGCUGUACUCUCUACUCUCAUUAUUCUUCUUUUCUCUCGGCCCUCCCUUCGCACCUCUCGCACUCAAGCUCAUUGCUGGCUCUCGAUGGUCAGACGGCGACGCAGGUGGAGUUCUAGCAAGCUAUUGUUACUACAUCCCCUUGUUGGCUAUAAAUGGUGUUACUGAAGCUUUCGUGCAGUCUGUUGCAACCGAGACAGAAUUAGCGAAACAGAGUGGAUGGAUGUUUGGUUUCUCAUUCAUGUUCGCUGGUAUCGGAUGGCUGUUUUUAUCCGCCCUGGGAUGGGGAGCUAAAGGGCUUGUUGCGGCGAAUGCAGCAAAUAUGUCUCUGAGGAUUGUAUGGAGUCUGGUGUUCAUUGGUGGAUAUUUUGGCAGAAAUGAGGGCGAGAAAAGGGGUGAGAAGUGGAGUCUCGCUAGAGUUCUGCCAAGUGGAGUGUUAGUGGCUGCUUCGGUCGGCAUUGGUGCUGUAUCCAGGGGCGUGGUAGCGAGCGAGGGCGGACUGAUCAAAGAGAUUGGGAUGGGUGGUGCUUUAGGCGUGUGCCUAGCUGCUGUUUGUUUUGUGACGGAGAGAGCAUUUUUUGAUAAGUGUAUCAAAAUGUUCAAGUCAACCCGUGCCAAGUAG